UGGUUAACAUUUUCCGUCUAAGUCUCAGGUCCUUACAAAAUAAGCUAAGUACCGGCGAGUCUAUGGCGAUCGUCGACCGGCGGAAGCCGAGCUCCGAAACGAAGCUGUUCGGGCUGUGUCCGUUUUGGCAGAGCACGACGAGUUCUUCUUCUUCUUCCUCUACUCAAAACCUAAACCUCAACGGAAGCCGCCGUGUGGACAGCACCGGGAAUAAUAAUAAACGCUCCUCCACGGUUUCCUCGGUUGCCAGAUCGCUGCUCCCUCCCAGACGCCGGCUCCGGCUCGACCCUGCCAAUACUCUGUACUUCCCCUAUGAACCAGGAAAACAGACGAGGAGUGCGAUCAGGUUGAAGAACACGAGCAAAUCUUACGCCGCGUUCAAGUUUCAGACCACCGCGCCGAAGAGCUGUUACAUGCGUCCGCCCGGCGGCAUUCUUGCGCCGGGGGAAAGUAUCAUCGCCAUUGUUUUUAAGUUCGUAGAGCAGCCAGAGAACAAUGAAAAGCAAUUGGAUCAAAAGAGCAAGGUUAAGUUUAAGAUAAUGAGCUUGAAGGUGAAGGCGGGGAUAGAGUAUGUUCCCGAGCUGUUUGAUGAGCAAAGGGAUCAAGUGACAAUAGAAAGAGUUUUGCGGGUUGUAUUUUUAGAUGCUGAGCGCCCUAGUCCGGCAUUGGAGAAACUGAAACGCCAGUUGGCUGAGGCUGAAGCUGCUCUUGAAACGCGCAAGAAACCUCCAGCAGAAACAGGUCCCCGAAUUCUGGGGGAAGGUCUUGUGAUUGAUGAAUGGGUAAUUAUAUCCUAGCAAUUCUUAGUUUACCCCAUUGUAUUUCUUUUCUUUAUGUAUCUUGUCCUUCCUUUUUGCCCCUCAGAAAGAGCGAAGAGAGAAAUAUCUGGCUCGACAACAAGUUGAAGCAGUAGAUUAGUCUGAAAGUUGCUGUUGACUCUGGCCGUAAAUGUUUCUGUGCCUGAAUGAAGAGGUGUAAUCAUAAGUUACAACCCCCGCUAACCGGGGAUCUAUAGAAAGAGAAUGGAGGUAGAACUCCACAAAUCUUUCAUCAUCAUCCUAACCAAAGGAGAACAAUAUGUGCUCAAUUGCACAUGGCACUAUCUUUCAUAUGAACAGUAUAAUCAAGGUACCGGACAUUGCACUGAGCUGGAGAUCUUUCUUGUAGAUAAAUCAGUUUUGUUUUCUCAUAAUAAAUAAUUGCAAAAUAUAAUUGCAUCUGUUUGUUUUGUACAGCCCUGCUGUGAUCAUAAUUGUCUCAGGCUGUUAGCCAUGUAUUUUGAGAUGCAAUAAAUUGAUUAAUGCUUGUAUCAUAUAAUGUGCACCUUUGAUGUUUCUAAAGCAGGUAUUUCCGUUCUGGUACAAUUGUUUAGAAAAUGAAUGUAGAACUUGAGUAUCUUCUCCAUUGCAAACUUGAAAGGAAGAUUUUCCAUCCAGGGGAAUCUUUUCUGAGAAAAAUAUAGUUUUCAGAAUUGU